CAGUCGCGGUUUUGCGAAUCGCGCCGACAUCCUUUGGUAUCCGGACCUAUUCUUUAUACUUAUCGAAGAAUUGUACGGUUCAGAAAUGGCUCCUGAGAAAAAAAUCGCCAAAAAGAAGAGCCCUCGGGCUUGGGAUGGCCUCUCACCAGCCCUCUCCGACUGGAUCCUCGAUGCUGUCGGGUCCAUGGGCUUUACCCAAAUGACGCCAGUCCAAGCUGCUACUAUCCCGCAUUUCAUGGGAAACAAAGACGUGGUCGUCGAGGCCGUCACUGGCAGCGGCAAGACCUUGUCGUUUCUAAUUCCUCUGAUCCAACGUAUUCUCCGCCUCGAAGAACCUACAAAGAAACACCAUGUCGCUGCUAUUAUUAUAUCCCCCACUCGAGAGCUCGCCGCUCAGAUCCAUACUGUAUUACUAUCUCUCCUCCAGUUCCACGCCCCCUCUGCCGAACUGCUGCCAGCGCUCAAAGAAGAUGAAAGACGCCCAGCAACAACCGAACCUGUCAUUGUACCACAACUGCUGGUAGGAGGCGCAUCGACUACCGCCCAAGAUCUUAGUUUCUUUAUGCGCCACAGCCCCAACAUCUUGAUCUCGUCGCCGGGACGAUUGGUCGAGCUGCUGGCCUCGCCUCACGUCCAUUGCACCCAGUCCUCUUUCGAAACUCUUAUUCUCGACGAAGCCGAUCGACUACUCGACCUCGGAUUCAAGCAAGAUCUACAAAAUAUCCUGAGUCGUCUUCCCAAGCAACGGCGCACCGGCCUUUUCAGCGCCAGUGUGAGCGAGGCUGUCUCCGAGAUUAUCCGCGUUGGCUUGCGCAAUCCUGUUAAAAUUGAAGUACGUGUCAAGAUGAAGACGGGAGAAAUUCUAGAAGACAGAAAAACGCCAGCCAGUUUGAAGAUGACAUAUAUGAUUACGCCAGCUACGCAAAAGCUGCCCGCGCUGUCAAAACUACUCUCAGAGCUGCCUAUUAUGCCACAAAGAAGUAUCGUCUUUCUAUCCACGUGCGCCGCCGUCGAUUACUACCAGCACAUGCUUCCUGGUAUCCUGCCCGAGGAGGUCUCACUUGUUCCAUUACAUGGCAAGCAUCCCGCAAACGUGCGCGAGAAGAACUUUAAGCGAUUCAUCACCUCGGUGUCACCCACGGUUCUACUGACAACGGAUCUGGCAGCUCGUGGUCUCGAUAUCCCCCAAGUCGACCUCGUUGUCCAAAUCGACGUGCCCUCCGACCCAAAGGUAUUCAUUCACCGUUGUGGUAGAGCAGGAAGAGCAGGACGCAAGGGUCUUGCGGUUGUCAUGUUGCAUCCAGGCAAUGAAGAGGACUAUAUUCGCUACAUGGACGUAAGGAAAACACCCAUUGCGCCCCUGGAGCGCCCUACAAUUACGGUCUCCGAGGAGGAGGCCAGAAAAGCUACAGAGCACAUUCGCGGAAUUCUCAAGUCUGAUCGUGCGUUCCAUGAUAAGGCGCAGAAGGCCUUUGUCAGCUGGGUACGAAGUUACGGUGCCCAUCAAGCGACAUCCAUCUUCCGCGCUGCGGACCUAGACUGGACUGAUUUGGGCAACGCCUGGGGUUUGCUGCGACUACCUAGAAUGCCUGAGACAAAGAGCUGGAAGGGCGAUAGUUUCUUGGGCGUGGAAAUGGACUGGGAUAACUUCCAAUACAAAGACAAGGCACGAGAACAAGCAAGAUUGGAAGCCCUGGAUGCAGACAAGUCUGGCUUAACUGAGGAGCGGGCUGCUGAGGCUCGACGAAAGAGAAAAAAUAACACUGCCUGGAGCGGCAAGCAAGAGCAGGAAGACACCAGAGUAGAGCGCCGCGAGAAGCGUCAAAAGAAGAGAGAUGCCGAACGCGUGGCUACUAUGACCGAGGAAGAAAAGAUAGAGCAUGAGAAGCUGCAGGAUCUUAUCCGACAGGUGCGCGAGAAGAAUAGGGCCGAGCAAGAGGCCAAGGCGGAGGGUGCUGAGUUUGAGGGAUUUGACGAUUAAAUGAAUAUAUCUCGCCUU